AUGCAGUCAUCCGUGGAGGGGAGCGGCCCCUUCACGCGAGAGGAGGAGUCGCGGAUGUACCUCCUUCAGGAGCGAGCCCAGGAAGGUGGGAGUCUGACCGAGGCGGAGAGCGUUGAGUUGUCUCAGCUAAAGCGCCGAUACCACACCUUCAUCGAGGAAGGAGAGCGGCUGUUGCGUGCAAACGCCCCCGCACAGGCAAGUGGUGGCGGCACUACAACUGCAGCAGAGGGAGAGUGGCGCACGGCAGCGACCCUCUCACGUGCGGGAAAGGCCGCCUACUUUUGGGGCUCGCUCAUGGCCACGGCGCUGCCGGGCUAUGUAGGACGAGUCGCAGGUGUGACGACGGACUUCUUGCACUGGAACUGGAUCACCGAGCAUUUGGUGCUCGGUGCUAUCCCCAUCGUGACACAGAUAGGCAGUAGUGGCGAUCACCUGUCGCAGCUGCGAGCUCAGCUGGACAAGCGACAGCAGACUUUGGGGCUUGUCAUUGCGUGCCUGGAGGAGGAGGAGCUCAACGGGUUUGGCAUGAACGUUAUUCAGUUCGCCAAGGAGGAGGAAUGGCGCAAACUUGUCAACCCGCAUGUGGAGUACGUUCGUGUUCCCAUGGCCGAUACAACAGCCAAUACGCCGCUGUCGGCUGUUGCGCUGGCGGUGACGCGCAUGGAGGCGUGCGUAAAAGAGCGCAAGCAAACCGUUUAUGUGCACUGCAAAGCCGGGAAGGGGCGCAGCUGGAUGGUGAUGAUGUGUUACCUCACCACCUGCGGCGGCAUGUCCUUUGCCGAAGCCGUUGACCUAAUUCAGCAGAACCGCGUCCAGGUGAAUCCAUCGCAGUCACAGAGACAGUUUGCCUCCGAGUUCCCCUUCCGCUUUGCUCACUCAAGGUCUCUGCUCGACUCCAACCAAGCAGGCGGUUGCCAUCACAAUGGGGACCACCAUUGUCACUCACACGAGGCGUGUCAUCACGGAACCGCUGAUGCUCUGUAG